AUGAUGAUACCUGUAGCAGUGUUACUUUUCCUCUUGGGUUGGUUCAUCAUUUGCGUACGCAGUCAAUACAGAAAGCCUCCUGGACCAUAUGGUUUACCGUUUGUCGGUUACUUACCAUUCAUUAAUCCUAGAAAACCAUACCAAACAUUUGCCCAACUUGGCAAACGCUAUGGCCCCAUAUAUGGAUUGUGGAUGGGACAAGUGUAUGCCGUUGUAUUAACUGAUCCUGCUUUAAUUCGCACAGUUUUGGCAAAGGAGGAAGCUACUGGGCGGGCUCCACUGUUUGUUACGCAUGGUAUAAUGGGAGGUUAUGGGAUAAUUUGUGCUCAAGGCGAUUUAUGGCGUGAUCAGCGCCGAUUGUCGAUUGAAUGGCUGCGUCAUCUAGGUAUGGUCAAAUAUGGUGCAACGCGUCUUGCUCUCGAACGCAGAAUUAUUUCUGGACUCAUGGAAAUCAUUGAGAAUAUUGACAGCAAAGCAAAGCAGGAAACCCAAGGCUUCAACCCAUCAGCAAUCAUUCAUCAUGGCCUCGGCAAUUUGUUAAACGAUCUGGUCUUUGGGAUUAAAUACCAGAAGGACAACGAAACAUGGAAAUAUUUACAACAUCUUCAAGAAGAAGGCGUUAAGCAUAUAGGAGUAUCAAUGGCCGUAAACUUCAUACCAAUUUUAAGACAUUUUCCGUCCACACGCAAGACCAUAAAUUUUCUUCGGAAUGGAAAAUGUAAGACGCACACAAUUUAUGACGCAAUAAUAGCUGAACAGCGCGACAAAAUGCGCACUUCUGAUUCAAUGCAUGGAAAGCAACAAGAAUGCAUUUUAAAUUGCUUCAUAAAAGAAGCCGCCAAACGGCAAGAAGCAGGACGCACGGACGCCGCAUUUUGCGAUGACAUACAGCUGCGUCAUUUGAUGGCAGACCUGUUCGGAGCGGGCGUAGAUACAACGUUCACUACGAUUCGUUGGGCUUUGCUAUACAUCGCCCUUUACCCAACGGUUCAGCAGCGUCUUCGAGAAGAGUUAAGACAAAGGCUGCUCGCCAAUGAAUCACCAUCGUUGGACGAUGUGGAAGUGUUGCCCUACUUGCGCGCUACCAUCGCGGAAGUACAGCGUAUUCGUACCGUUGUCCCAGUUGGCAUACCACACGGCCUAACAAAAGAAAUUGAGAUAGCUGGAUUUAAGAUACCCGCGAAUACGAUGAUCAUGCCAUUAAUAUGGGCAGUACACAUGAAUCCAACAUUCUUCUAUACGCCCAACACCUUUAAGCCGGAACGCUUUCUAGAUCCAGAAGGACGUUUUACGACACCAAGCUACUUCCUUCCGUUUCAGGUCGGAAAACGUAUGUGCUUGGGCGAUGAACUAGCCAGAAAUAUUCUUCAUAUGUACAUUGCUCAAAUUGUGCUCCAUUACGAUUGGUUUAGUAUUGCACCAGAGGAUGCAUGUUCCAUCGACUUGACCGGGAACUGUGGCUUAACCCUAACCCCGCCAGAUUAUCGUAUAGUAUUCUCGACAGCAACCAAACACUAA